AUGACACCAACAACAAGCCCAGUUGAGACCAGCUCGGCGAAUACCUACGACUUCUCCUGCCUCACCGGCUUCUUCGUGGACCACGUCGAGGUCGCAAAAGUCUCCCCGGGCUCGCUGGUCGCAACGCAGCCGGGUCUCGGUCUUCUAGGGCGGAGCUAUGAGACGGACACAUCCCCGAGUGAUAGUCGGCCCCAGUGGACGCGGUUUGCAGCUUAUGUCAAGCACCUGAAUCAAGUGUCUCCGCCCGCCGAGUCUUACAAAGUCAUCUAUCUGGUUCGCCAUGGACUAGGCGUCCACAACAUUGCGAUGAGCAAGUAUGGAGGCGAAGCAUGGAAGACCAAGUGGUCGCACAUGGAUGGUGACGGAGAGGGCAAUGUCUGGGCUGACGCACAACUCGUGGAAGAGGGCAUUCGUCAGGCUCAGAAGCUCUCUCAGAUCUGGUUCGACGAAGCGAAGAAGGACAAAGUAGCUCUGCCGGAGUCACUUUAUACCAGCCCAUUAGCUCGAUGUCUACACACGACCAAGCUCGUCUUCCAGCCCGUCAUGGAAGCCAACCAGCGCGAGUUUCAUCCCAUCAUCAAGGAGCUUCUCCGGGAGCGGCUCACGGAUCAUACUUGCGACAAACGGAGCUCGCGAUUUUGGAUCCAGCAGAACUACCCAGAGUACAUCAUUGAACCUGGCUUCGAAGAAGACGACACCCUGUGGAAGCCACACUCGAACAAGCCCGAGGAGGCCGAGGAACAUUUUGCUCGAAAGCAGCGUCUGCUUAACGACAUUUUUGAGCAUGAUAAGUCGCAGUUCAUCUCCCUCACUAACCAUUCAUACGCAAUUACAGCUAUACUCGUGACUGUCAAGGCACCCAAGUUCCGGGUCUGCGAGGGCACUAUCGUGCCUUUGUUCGUGAAGGCGGUCCGUACCAAGGAGAAGACAGUAUGA